UCCUACUAGAAUUCCCGGCGAAAUUUCUCGUCCUGUCUCCUUAAUCCGUCCGGCGUCAUUCGCUGAUCAACUUAAAAUUGCAAUCGAAAACCAGAAAAGAGAAGUUACACCUACAAAAUGGCAUUUGAAGAAGUCCGAAAAUCGUUCCUUACCGCCAGCGCUUCUUUCCUGCUCCGAAGUCCUUCUCAGAGACGAACGAAAACUUCAGAGUCUCCGUCCGAAAUAUCUCGGACCCUUCAGAGUACUCGAUCGAAGUGAGAAGACCUUUAAAAUCCAAUUACCAUCUGGGCCUGACACCGUUUCCGUCGACAGA